UGAGUGUAAAGGUUGAUGUGUUAGACUGGAGUAGUACCACGUGACUACUAGUUGCCCUUUGCGAGGAACUUAUGAGCUGUGGGGAAUUUUUAGCGUACCCAAUGAAAGAAUUGAUGUUUUAAUCUUGUUUUUUAAUCAGACUGUAUCACCCGUAUAUAUGUGGGUAGUUAUAGGGACGAUGUACUUUUCUUGCGUCACACCGUUUCUCAAAUAAUUGGCUUUAAUAUUUUCUGUCAAGUGAGUCCCAGUUAUUAACUUGCGCCCGUAAUUACAGUAAUUAUACCGGAUAUUAUCUGCUCAUUCGCUUCCCGACUCCCCGCCCUCCCACGUUACCGUAUUGAUGUUACUAGUAGCGCACAGAAACAUCCUGGUCUAAGCAGUUGCAGCAGGUACUGCGUUGUAGUGGCGGUAGUUACGACUCUGUAGGUUAGAGCGGAGGCUUUGCUGGAGCAAUGUCCGCCUAGUGAAGCUCGGAGAGGUGCUCGCACCAUGAAUCUUAGGGGCCUCUUCCAAGAUUUUAACCCCAGUAAAUUUCUCAUCUACGCAUGUUUGUUGCUCUUUUCUGUUCUCCUUUCCCUGCGACUGGAUAAUAUUAUUCAGUGGAGUUACUGGGCGGUGUUUGCUCCAAUAUGGUUGUGGAAACUAAUGGUUAUUGUGGGAGCCUCAGUUGGUACAGGUGUAUGGGCACGUAACCCUCAAUACAGGGCAGAAGGUGAAACAUGUGUGGAGUUCAAGGCCAUGCUAAUUGCAGUGGGAAUUCAUUUGCUGCUUCUUAUGUUUGAAGUUCUUGUUUGCGAUCGUAUUGAAAGAGGAAACCACUACUUCUGGUUGCUAGUCUUUAUGCCUUUAUUCUUUGUGUCCCCAGUAUCCGUUGCAGCUUGCGUUUGGGGCUUUCGGCAUGAUCGAUCAUUGGAAUUGGAAAUCUUGUGCUCCGUCAAUAUUCUGCAGUUUAUAUUCAUUGCUCUAAGACUUGACAGCAUCAUCACUUGGCCUUGGCUUGUGGUAUGUGUCCCGCUGUGGAUCCUUAUGUCCUUCCUGUGCCUAGUAGUUCUGUAUUAUAUUGUGUGGUCAGUUCUGUUCCUGCGUUCAAUGGAUGUUAUUGCAGAACAAAGGAGAACUCAUAUUACUAUGGCAGUCAGUUGGAUGGCUAUAGUUGUACCGCUUCUGACAUUCGAGAUAUUACUUGUUCAUCGACUUGAUGGGCACAAUCCAUUAUCGAAUAUCCCUAUAUUUGUUCCGCUUUGGCUUUCCUUAAUAACGUUGAUGGCAACAACCUUUGGACAGAAAGGAGGCAAUCACUGGUGGUUUGGGAUUCGUAAAGACUUCUGCCAGUUUCUGUUGGAGAUUUUCCCUUUUCUUCGAGAAUAUGGCAAUAUCUCAUAUGAUAUUCAUCAUGAAGACAGUGAAGAUGCUGAAGAAACACCUGUACCGGAGCCCCCCAAAAUCGCACCAAUGUUUCGAAAGAAGACUGGCGUUGUCAUUACCCAGAGCCCAGGGAAAUAUAUUGUUCCUCCUCCUAAACUUAACAUCGACAUGCCGGAUUAAGGUGAAAUUUGGUGGCUUGAGGGCACUUUUUUCUGUUUUAACUAAUCCUGUUAGUAGUACACUAUCAGGUGUCAUGGACUGAAGGGAAAAAAAGACUACUGACCUCAUUCCUUUUUUGUAUUCAUUUGUAAUUUUUUUUGUUCCUGCAAUGGUAUGUGUUUUCCCAUUCCUAAUUCAUGUCAUCAUGUUACUCAAGAUCAGGGAAGCUUCUUAAGGGCAAAGAAUGCUGGAAUUUGUAGUUUAUAAUUUGUGGAUGACUAUAAAUUUUCACAUCUGUUGUCUUGGUUAUGACUGCAGUAUUGCAUUCUAGUUUCUAGUAACACAGAGAUAGACCAGCUUGUGGCCCUCCAGAUACUGAGCUAACAAGCUUUGGGAGACAUCCUGGGAAUCUUAGCAGCUCUGGGGCCACAGGUUGGACUUCUCAGCAGUAAAAUUAAGUAUAAUGUUUAUCUUAAGUAAAUGUCUUUGUGUGUGUUGUUAUGCAAUGCAGCUAUUGUUUGAUAUUCUUUUACAGCAGAACUUGUGCAUAGAAUUGAAUUCAAGUUGUGAGCUGUUUUAUACCACUAUAAAAAUACUUUUAAAAAAAAUCUGUUUAAGGGUCAAGCAUUACCUUGGAGAAGUGAUAUUUGAGCAGAGGGCUUAUGGGAUAUAUCUAAUAUACACCUUCCCUUAGGAGUUACUACUCCUUGCUCACUUGUAUAGUAUUUAUAAGAACAUUUUAUCAAUGUAAUAUAUUGUGUUCAAAAUUAUUCUUAUGUACAGUAUAAAUGGAUAAAUACAAAGUAUUUUUUUAAAUAAAAGAUGUAAAAUACAUAUAAGUUGUCAAAAUUUUGUUUGUAAUUUACAUUUUAAAAUGAUCUAUGUGAAUUCUACAAUGAAAAAAGAUCUAUACAAUUUCAAAAGCCAGUAUGUCAUUUUUAUAUACUGACCAUGUACAUAUUAUGUAAGAUGUAAAGCCAAACACCAAUGACAUGAAUGUUAAGUUAUUAGACUAUGAAUAAAACAUUGAUUUUAUUUUAUGUUGUAAUUUGGUUGGCUGUGAGAUUAUUGUGUAAAUUCAAUAAAUUCUUUCCAUGCCUAUAAAA